AUGCCGACAAUUUACGAAUUACAUCAUUAUGCAAUAGUUUCAAUGCUACUGUUGCUAAAACUUGGAGAUAAUUUGCAAUUUCGAUUUUUGAUGCAAAAUUUAAAGUUGAACCAAUAUACGUUUCAAGUAAUCUCACGACAACAACGAUCAAUAUAUCAGCAUGAAUGUGAUUUGUUUCAAUACAAUAUGAAUCAUUGUUACCGCUUAUUUGAACUUUCAUAA